CAUUAGUAAAUAUAAUUUGAGGUAAUCAAAUAAGAUUUUACUUUGUCUAAAAAUAAUUAGACUAUAGUUGGCUAAGAUAGAACAAAUUCUUAACGGCGUCGUAUGGGGAUAUUCAAAGUAUCUCUUAUCGGCUAAACCCCUGGUGUUUGAUAGCCGUUUAAACAUUCUCCUAAAACCCCGCCGGAAAAAUAAAAUCCGACAUGCUCCUUCUCUACUACACCUCCCAAUAUGGCGGCGGUCUCUGCUAAAACCCCAACUAUAUCUCUCCCUUUAGACCCCCAGAACCCUCAAUUCUCUAAACUCCAUUCUUCUAAAUCUCUAAAUUUCUCUCAUAUCUUCCAAAAAUCCCAUCUUUUUUCCCUUAAAAAACCCCACCAAAAUUCUAUCCUUAGUUCCUCUUCCACCUCUACUCCCACCACUGACCCGAAUUCCCAUCUUAUCCAAUUAUGCUUCCACAACCAGCUGGAACAAGCAAUAGUGUUCUUGAAGUCAAUAAAGGACCUUCAUGGCACCAUAGAAGAAGACACUUUUGUUACUUUAGCUAGGCUUUGUGAAUUCAAGAGAGCAUCGAAUGAGGCGUGUGAAGUAUUUUCUUGCAUACACAACUGUAUGACCCAGUUGAGCUUGAGGCUUGGAAAUGCCUUGCUGAGUAUGUUUGUCAGGUUGGGGAAUUUGGGUGAUGCUUGGUAUGUUUUUGGGAAAAUGGAGGAAAGGGAUGUGUUCUCUUGGAAUGUUUUGAUUGGUGGGUAUGCGAAAAAUGGGUAUUUUGAUGAGGCUUUGGAUUUGUAUCAACGGAUGUUGUGGGUUGGAAUUAGGCCUGAUGUCUAUACUUUUCCUUGUGUCUUGAGGACUUGUGGGGGUUUGCCUGAUUGGAGAAUGGGUAGGGAGAUACAUGCUCAUGUAAUACGUUUUAGCUAUGAUUCGGAAAUCGAUGUCGUUAAUGCAUUGAUUACAAUGUAUGUUAAGUGUGGUGAUGUUUGCAGUGCAAGAGUGCUGUUUGAUGGAAUGUCUAAGAGAGAUAGAAUUUCUUGGAAUGCUAUGAUUUCGGGUUACUUUGAGAAUGGUGAGUUUUUGGAGGGGUUAGUCUUGUUCUCCUCAAUGCGGGAAUUUGGUUUUUUUCCGGAUUUGAUGACUAUGACAAGUGUGAUUUCAGCUUGUGAGGCUCUUGGGGAUGACAGGUUAGGGAGAGCACUUCACGGGUAUGUGGCAAGAAUGGAAUUUUAUAGUGAUGUUUCGGCUCAUAACUCUCUCAUCCAACUUUAUUCAGCUAUUGGGAGCUGGGAGGAAGCAGAAAAGAUCUUUGAUAGGAUACAAUGUAAAGAUGUAGUUUCAUGGACUGCAAUGAUUUCGGGUUAUGAGAGUAAUGGGUUUCCUGAGAAGGCCGUUAAAACGUACAAAAUGAUGGAGCUAGAAGGUGUCAUGCCGGAUGAAAUUACUAUUGCUUCUGUUCUAUCUGCCUGUACGUCAUUAGGCCUUCUAGAAAUGGGUGUUAAGCUUCAACAUGUAGCCGAAAGAAGAGGACUUAUAGCAUACGUGAUUGUCUCAAACACUCUGAUCGACUUGUUUUCAAAGUGCAACUGUAUUGACAAGGCAUUGGAAAUUUUUCACAGGAUACCGGAUAAAAACGUCAUAUCUUGGACUUCUAUCAUUCUUGGUCUUAGGAUAAAUAAUCGCAGUUUGGAAGCUUUAAAUUUUUUUAGAGAAAUGAAACGCCAUCAGGAUCCCAAUUCUGUUACCUUAAUGUCUGUCCUCUCUGCAUGUUCUAGAAUCGGUGCACUGAUGUGUGGUAAAGAAAUACAUGCAUAUGUAUUGAGAAAUGGAAUGGAAUUUCAUGGUUUUUUACCCAAUGCACUCCUUGAUUUCUACGUGAGGUGUGGAAGGAGGGCCCCAGCACUGAAUCUGUUUCAUAUGCAGAAAGAGGAUGUUACUGCUUGGAAUAUCUUGCUGACUGGCUAUGCUCAGCGAGGGCUAGGUGCACUUGCAAUCGAGCUUUUUGAUGGAAUGAUAAGUUCAAGAGUAAAGCCAGACGAAAUUACUUUCAUUUCUCUGUUACGUGCUUGUAGUAGAUCUGGGUUGGUGACUGAAGGCCUUGAUUAUUUGAAUAGCAUGGAGAGUAAAUACUGUAUUGUUCCCAAUCUGAAGCAUUAUGCUUGUGUGGUUGAUCUGCUAGGCCGUGCAGGUUUAGUGGAAGAUGCUUAUGAUUUUAUUCUAUCAUUGCCUGUGAAACCCGAUUCCGCUAUCUGGGGGGCUUUAUUAAAUGCGUGUAGGAUCCACAGGCAGAUUGAACUUGGAGAACUAGCAGCUAGACACAUCCUUGAAACAGAUGAGAGAGGUGUGGGAUAUUAUGUACUCCUCUGCAACUUCUAUUCUGACAAUGGUAGAUGGGAUGAAGUUGUAAGAUUAAGGAAGAUUAUGAUAGAAAAAGGACUGACUAUUGAUCCUGGUUGCAGCUGGAUAGAAGUAAAGGGAAAUGUGCAUGCAUUUCUUAGUGGUGAUAACUUACAUCCCCAAAGCAAGGAGAUUAAUGCAGUUCUAGAAGGAUUUUAUGAAAAAAUGGAGGCAGCACGUCGUAGUAAAUCAGAGAGACAUACAGUAAAUGAAGUUAAAGACUCAAAAGCCGAGAUCUUUUGUGGACACAGUGAGAGACUAGCUAUUGGAUUUGGUCUUAUAAAUACAGCUCCAGGGACGCCUAUUUGGGUUACAAAGAAUCUUUAUAUGUGCAAGAGCUGUCACGACACAAUCAAGUUUAUCUCUGAGGUUGUUCGGAGGGAGAUUGCAGUUAGAGAUACUGAGCAAUUCCAUCAUUUUAAGGAUGGAAGAUGCACAUGUGGGGAUGAAAAUUAUUUGGGAGAAACUUGAAAUUCAUAACCAGAAGGAAUCGAAUCAUAAGUGGCAAAAUAGAAUCUGUUCAUUGUGAUGGGCAAAGCCAGGUGUUUAUAUUCAGGAUGUAAGCUGACGAGCUCCUGGAUAGAGUACCCAACACACCUCUAGGUUGCUAUCCCAGAUGAAAUCUCAUCCACAGCGUGGCAUUGCACCGUCUGUUUCUUCUGCAGACAACAUCAACUGCCCUUCAGCAGGAAUGUUUGUUUCCCCUGUGGUAAUGCUCUCGAAAGCUAGAAUAUUGUGAAAUUUUACAAUGUCGAAGACAAUUUUGUGAUACUCAACAUAGAGGUGCCUGAUUUACUGUAUAUAGCACAUACCUUUCUCCCAUACUUGAAGAUAGGGGCUAGUUCUUGGUUACUUUAGCAAAGUGGUUUUAGAAACUUGUAUAUCUUGGUGGUGGUAUGAUUUUGGUGCUCAUAGAGCUGGGAGGCUUGGCUAGAUUAUAGUAUAUGUUCUUGCUUGUAGAACUGCAUGAACCUGAAGGGUCAUGAAAACAAACAUUGGUUUCUCAUAAACCUGUACCAAAUCUUUCUUCAAAUAUAAUGUCCGACGGAGAAGGAUGCUUUGUAUUGUCUGCUGAAAAAAAGUUAAUGAAGUUGAGAAAAGGUAAGUUCACACUACAUAAUGGAUGUGCAUAAAGACAUGAUUUGACUA